AUGGACGCGCCAGCGAGUCGGUCCUAUGCGCUGUGGCACUGGUGGGGAGACAACAGUGUCGAGGCAGUCUUGCAUGGUGAUGCCACGUCUCGUGGGACCCGAGCGUAUAUCAUUGAAACAGACGCGUUUCGUCGCGAGCGCGUGUGCGUGGGAGAAGGGAUCGGCUCGGCCUCCUCGGUCUGUUGUGGAGGAUGCAUGGAGGACCCAGACACCCUGCGCGCGGACGACAACGGCUCGACAAGAUCCCCGCGCAAGGGGCGAUCAACUUGGGGAGGAGCAAACAUACGUGUGGUGAUCGUUGUCCGGAUAGCGGGGAACAUCUUUGAGACGGAGUCCAGGACAACAGUAGGGCGGGUGCCGCUCAGGCGUCUUUGGCUGCCGGUGUAUGACGAUUGGAUCAGGAAGGGAGAGCGAAUGAGUGCUUCGAAGUCGAAGGGAUACCAAGGCAUCGGUGCGUCGAGUUGCGAGUUGGAGAGGAGCGGAAAAGUGAUAUGUUGCCAGGAGGCGGAUGUUUCCUGCUGUCCAACGCAGCCGCCUUUUAUAUCUCAGCAAGGGCUGGCCACAACGGGCCAUCGCAGAAAUGUCGCCUUGUCUCCGGGCUUCUACAAGGAGAACAAAAAGCGAUCCGGACGAAAUGAGCGAUUUGAUCAGAUGGUGUUCUGUGAAUGCCCCAUCAGUGGCUAA